AAGGCCAAUUAAAAGAAAAUGCUCGGACAAUAUGAUAAUGAAUUACAACCAAAGUUAAUGCAUGGACAUAACCUCCAUAUAUGACAGGGGGAAAAUCUGAUGAAUUUGCAUCACAUACUUUUUGAAUGAGAAGCCAUCAAACACUCUAAAACAGAUUGGUUAAAACUACUAAUCUUGUAGCACAUAUUGGUCAAUUUAACUAAGACAUUGGUAGCAAUUAAACAAAUACAUUGGUUAUCAAACAACUAAUAUCAUUGGUUAAGCACAUUGGUUGAUUUAACUAAGAUUUCAGCCUGUGAGAUCACGUUGAAUGAAGAUUAGUUAAACAUUUAACUAAGAAAGAUUAGUCAAUUUGACUAAUGUGUUAGUGGGACACGUGUUACCCAAUCGAAUGGUUAAAACAACUUAUUAGAUUGGUCAGUUUUCCAACUAAUGAAAAUUGGUUGAAAGUUCAACUGAAGUCUAAUUGAAAAAUUUAGCUUAUUAUUCGGACACAUAUUACACGAUCACAUUGGUUAAAUUUGACUCUUUUUCUGUUUUUAUGUGAUGAUGUCUUUUCACAUAGCCUAAUGAAUUUAUAGCCAUUUUCAGAGCUUUGCAGAGGGGAAAUUACACAAGAUGUAUCUGAUCUGAUUGGAUUUUUUAAUUCAACAGGAAAAUGUGCUUCUCUAUUCACAUAGUUUCACUAAUGUGAGUGGAAUACCAUAAACAGCCAAUAAUGUUGCAAGUUGAACAUAAGGGAUUGUUCACCACAAUGCUUAAAAUUGAAGCUUCAAAGGGCUGUAGUUGUGAAACCAUAAGUGAUACAGAUAUACUAUUACUAUCUUUAUUAAGAUUUAAGCAUAGUUUUAGUCUAUGAUCACUUUUGUCGGAGAGGGUCACCUGCCAAAUUGAGCUGAUGAAAUUGGGUGAUUUCACACGGAAUGGCCCAUUAAUCUUAUACAGUAUAUCCGUCCUAUAUGUAUAUCCAUAUCUUUUAUGUAUAUCCAUCUUAUCUAUCUUUGUCUGCUUCAUCUGUUUCGCUUUCAUUUCUCCCUAACUGGGUGGGUUACUGGUAGUGAGCAGUUGACAACGCCAGCAUCGAAGACCUCAUAACGUGAGCCUUGAUUGGGAAGUUAUUGUCUUUUAAGCAUUUUAUCAUGGCAAGAUAUAUUCCCCUAGAAGAUGAUGAGGCCAAUGUUGUGGAUCAGUGUGAGCAGGCCUUACGCACAGCCGUGCACAGCAAAUUUGGUUGCAGUGUUAUCUUGCAUGGAAUGGAUGCACCCUCCGGGCACAGCAGCAGAAGGGAUUCUCAUUUAUCUUUAGUGGAACUGGGCCAAGUGACACUGCACAUCAGCAAAGGACACAUUGAAAAGCAAAAGACGAAGAUUAUUGUGAACUCCACCGGUCUUGACCUGGAUUUGUCCAGAGGGGCUGUGUCCAAUGCCAUCCUACAGGAAGCUGGCCGAAGCCUUCAGGACGAGGUUUCAAAGUACUGUCAGAUGUGCAAUUUUGGAGAUGUACUGGAAACUAAAGGAUACAACCUACAUUCGAAAUUUGUGUAUCAUGUGCUUUGUGUACCAAAAGGGACGCGUGGGUCCAAGACAGCUCAACAGAUUCUCAGUGAUGUUAUCUCAGAGUGCUUGAACAAGGCAAAGAAAGACAGCUGUACAUCCAUUGCCUUUCCUGCAAUUGGAUGUGGUGUGCUGAACUUCAGGAAAAGUGAGGUGGCCGGUAUUAUGACAGAAGCAGUGAAACAGUUUUCCCGGUCAUACAUGGGAUCCCAGAUGGAUGUACACUUUGUGAUAUUCCCCUCAGAUGAGGAUACAUUCCAGGCUUUUGCAGAAAAACAUGCAUCUCUGCAGCACUCAAAGCUUUCUGCCAGCACUUCACAUAUGGGCAACGUUGGAGACAUCAUUCCCAUUCCAUCAAUUGAGAUCCGGGCCAAUUCUUCUGAGGAACGGCGUGCUGCCAAGAGAUGGAUAAAUGACGUGGUGAACAUACUCAGAGACAACAAAACUGACCACAGCAUGACAAAUAACUACGUCCAACAUUUUGGCCCACAAGAGAAUAAGGACCUCAUGUCCCUUCAAGACAAAUUCCAGGUGGGGCUCCAGGUGUUCUUCACUGAUGGCCAGGCGGGCAUCAAAAUCAUGGGAACUCCCUCAGGAGUCACUGCUGCAGUUUUGGAGGUGGAGGCCAUGUGCUGUAAGGUACAAGCAGAGCCACGGUUCAUGAAGCAUGCUCGUACAGCACAAAAUGUCACCUUGCUUCCGUACCUGGCGAAACCACUGCAACACAUCCGUGGUCACCCAAAACAGCAGAGAGCUGUACAUCCUCUCUCCCAACAAGGCAAAGAGCCACGGUUCAUGAAGCAUGCUCAUAGGCCUACAGCACAAAAUCACACCUUGCUUCCGUACCUGGCGAAACCACUGCAACACAUCCGUGGUCAUCCAAAACAGCAGAGAGCUGUACAUCCUCUCUCCCAACCAGGCAAAGGUGACACCAGUGUUCCUGAUAACUGGGAUGACAUGACACUGAACUUGCGGUGCCAGGUGUUUCCCCUGAAAAAUAACAGCCAGGAAUAUGUCACUGUUCAGAAUCUUUUCCUUCAGUCUUGCUGUAAUAAUACCAUUGUGAAGAUUGACAGAGUCCAAAUCCCGUACCUGUGGAAACACUACGAAAUCAAAAAGCAAGCCAUGGAAGCUAAAAAUGGCCACAAAAACAAUGAGAGGCAGCUGUUUCAUGGAACCAGCCAGCCAACCAUAAACCACAUCAACCACAAUGGGUUUAAUCGCAGCUAUGCUGGCAAAAAUGCUGCUGCGUACGGCAAUGGCACCUACUUUGCAGUCAAUGCCAGAUAUUCUGCAAGCAACACCUACUCAGUUCCAGAUGCUCUGGGACAAAAGUACAUGUACCUGUGUCGAGUCCUCACCGGCGACUUCACAACGGGGCGUCAGGGAAUGAUUGUCCCCCCCGCAAAAACCUCCACCACUGCCGACCUCUAUGAUACUGUAACUGAUAAUCCUGGUGCACCAACCAUGUUUGUCGUCUUUAAUGACAAUCAGGCAUAUCCUGAGUAUUUGAUCACCUUUAAAUGAGGUACCAAAGGGACACAUUUGUAUCCAAGAUUUCACCUGUUCAUUGGUUGUUUAUCCUUUUCAGCUUUUUCUCCUGGGUUAGGGUUAGGGUUAGGGUUACCUUUGCUGCCUUUGCUGUGGAAGUAUUUACACAAUAGCUUAUAACUGACAAAUGAAGAGAUUUCUUUAAACAGUUUAAUAGUUUAGGAACUGUCUGUGGUCAAUCAGGUUUCAACAAGAGCUAAAUCCAAACUGAGUUUGUUAUUGUAGAAAGGUUUUCUGUUCCUGCAGGUAUUCAAUUGUCAUUUUUACUACUCUAUGUCGUCUUCUAUCUGGGAAACUGCUUGGUAUACCAAUUUCCACCAAUUCAAAUCAAAUGCACAAGUAAACAUAAAUGAUUGUUUAUAACUCGAUCAUGGUAUUUAAAGUUAAUAAAUAUUGU